GCAUCCCCACGCGCGCACGGCCCAGUCGCGUGGUGAGUACCAAAAGCAUCCUCACUUCCUGUGGAAAGCAGAGCAGAAUGUCUGCAACGAGGAAUCGCGUUCUCACGUUGUACAAGAAAAUGUUGAGGGAAUCCCAAAAGUUUCAAACCUAUAACUUUCGAAUGUAUGCAUUACGUAGAACUAAGGACGCUUUCCGAGAGAAUAUAUCAGAAACGGAGACUUCAAAAGUAGAGAAACUCAUAGAAAAAGCAGAAGCCAAUCUGCAAGUCCUGCAAAGACAGACUGCCAUUAAUCACCUGUUUAGUGAAGGCAAGCUCGUUAUUGAAUGAAACAGCCUGCAGAACUACAUGACUGAAUACGGCUCUGAUGGGGAUGAAGAUGAUGAUGAUAUGUGAUGCAAAUGAUGACUGCAAACAGCUGAUGUGUUUAAGCCACUUCUGCCCACCACUCCAACCAUUUCAUAAUCUUGGUCUUUAUCUUCUGCCUUCUGAUGUUGCUUUGAUUAUGUCUGACGAAAUAAGAAUUAGGAAAUGGAUUUUGGGGUUCAGAGACGGGGGAAAGGGCCGGGGUGCAUCCUCAGAACUUUUUGUUUUGCUUCAACCUACCUCUUUUAAAUGUUUUGGGUUUUAGACUUUUCCACAAAUGUCCAACUGAAUUAAAAAUACUCUUUUGUUUCUACCUCCAAAUUGGUUCAUGUUAACAUCUAACAUCUAAUAUGAUAUAUAGAUAUAUAUAUAUAUUGUGUAUAUAUGUAUAUAUAUAUAAUUAAUAACUAAUAAUUUUGCCAAGUAGUCAGUACGUUAAAAAUAACCAUUUUAAGCAAACUUGUACAAAUAUUCUAUAAUUAUAUACAUGAUUAUAAUCAGGGUUAGGGUUAGGCUAAUUGCUUCACCACACACUGAUUUAGAAAUAGGAACUAAAUGCCUUUUCUACUAUGAUAAAAGAUCUCCAAGACAGUAAACACACUUUUUUACGUAAAAAAGUCUGUUUACUGUCUUGGAGAUCUUUUAUGGUUGUAGAAAAGGCAUUUAGUUCCUAUUUCUAAAUCAGUAUGUGGUGAAGCAAUCAGCCUAACCCUUGAUUAUAAUCAUGUAUAUAAUUAUAGAAUAUUUGUGUGUGUGUGUGUGUGUAUAUAUAUAUAUGCGUGUGUGUGUGUGUGUGUAUAUAUAUUAUAUUUAUAUAUUAUAUAUAUAUAUAUAUAUAUAUAUAUUAUAUAUAAUGUCAAGGUACUUGUCAAAUUGUAGGCAUAUUUACAAUCAUAGCCCACCAAAAAUCUAUUGUAUUGGAGUUAUGUGAUCGAAUGGAGGAAUAAAUAUUAGGUUUAUAAAGAAACCAAUAAAUUUAAUUCAAACAAGGAAAGGAUUUGUGUAUGUAUGUUUAGAUAUGUAUGUGUGUGUAUGUCUGUUAUAUAUAUAUAUGUAUAUAUAUCAUAUAUAUAGAAGAUGUUUUGAUAUUGCAGAAAUUUUUACUAAAUUUACAAAACUGGAUUAUUUUUGCAUCAUUUUGUAUAUAAAAUAAAAUACAUCAAGAAUAUUUGAAUUU